AUGUUCGCCGGUGGCACACACAUCACGGCGACGCAGUACACGAUGCACCAGUCCGGCUCCGGCAGCUGGCCCGUCGGCUCGCGCGACGCAGCGUCCGAGGCGACGCGGCUGAUCAAGACGGUCGAGAGCGUGUACUCGCAGAGCAUGUCGCACGCCGACGAGGCAAAGAAGCGCGAGCACGACUCGGCACGGACGCAGCAGGAGCUGCAGCGCGUCGUCCAGGACAACGAGAAGCUGCGCGCGAAGCUGCAGCACGACGAGCGCCUGCUGGAGAACCGGCUGCGCAUCGAGGCCAUCUCCGAGUCGCAGAGGGGCUUCAAGACCCAGAUCAAGGAGUACGGCGCAAUCAUCCACAACAUGAAGGAGGCGACCGACGCGAAGCGGAAGCAGCUCGCAGACUAUAGCUCGGCUAUCGACGACAUCAAGGAGAAGCAGAAGGACCGCAAGGAGCUGCGGCGCAGAAACACGCUGCUCAGCCGCAACCUCCACGGCCUGAAGCAGCAGCUGGCCGACUCGGAGCGGACGGGCACCGAGCGGGCAAAGGCGCUCGAGGCGGAGGCCCAGCGCUUCCGCACUUCGUUGGAGGAGAAGGACGCGCUGGCGCGAGACAAGGCUGCGGUCCAGGGACUGCUCGACGCCAAGGGCGGCGAUAUGGUACGGCUCGGAGCCCAGAAGGACGCGGUCGUCAACAUCUUUGUGAUCGAGAUGAAGGAGCUGGACACGCAGCUGCUGUCUAUGGGCAAGGAGGCGGCGACGCGCGAAGAGCAGCUCAGGAACGCCUCUGCCCGCCUGGAGGAGAACGCCGCGCGCAUCUCCGAGCUCAGCACGCAGCACGCGGAGAAGGCGCAGAUUGCCGACCAGUACAAGGCGCGCAACGAUGUGCUGCAGGCCAGCGCCGCGUCCUACCAGUCGCAGCUCGACGAGAAGGAGCAGCAGCGCGUGGCGCUCGCCGAGCAGCACAGCGCCGGCGUCAAGGAGCUCGAAGAGAAGCUGGCAGGGCUGCGCGAGCACUCCUCGGCAGAGAGUGAGCGCGCCGCGGCGGCCGCACGCGAGUCUCAGAAGCAGAUGGCGCAGCUCGAACGAGAAAAGACGGAUGCGGACGAGGCGGAAAAGAAGCAACUGCAAGCGUCGCACGAGGGGCAGCUAGAGGAGCUGCGCGCCAGGUGCGGGCGGAUCGAAGAGGCGGCGCAAAAGGCCGACGGCGAGCACAAGUCCGUCGCCAGCGAGCGAGACGCACAGAUCGAGCAGCUGAAGAAAGAGCUUGGCGAUGCGCAGAAGCAGCACAGCGAUGACAAGGACCAGAUGCAGCGCCAGAAUCAGCAGCAGCUGCUCAACCUGCAAGGCCAGCUCAACGAGGCGGGGCGCGCCAAGAAGCAAGAGGCGGACGAGGCGGCCCAGACACGUCAGAAGCUCGAGGCACAACUCGCCGCGCUUCGUGAGGAGUCUGACAAGAAGCUCAGCGCUGAGCAGAGCCAAGCCCGCGAGCUGCAAGGAGAGCUGGAGGCGGCCAAGGCCGAGCUUGGCGAGGCUGGCGAGCGUGCCACUGCGGCCGAGGCGCGGGUGGCGGAACUCGAGCACCAGCUCCAGCUCGGGUCCAGGGCCGCGCAGCCGACGCCGCAGCACGCCGCAGCGCGCCCGCCAGGCGGCGCCGCAACGCCCAAGAGCCGUUCGCUCAGCUACCGUCCCGGCCGUGGGCCCCGUGCGCCAGCCGUCCGGUACGGUAGCUCAACCGGCUCAAACCCGAUGAUCACCCCCGCCUCGAGCGUCUCGCCCGAACCACCCAAGACGCUGCCCGAGCGCACGCCACGCGCCGAGGAGGGGGGCGGCGGCAAGCCCCCGCAGCUGGACUCCGAGCCGUCGGCGCGAAAGGUGCCGGAGCAGCCACGCCGCUCGGUGGGGCAGCAGAAGCGCAAGGAGGGGCCGCCGUCGUCGCCGACGAAGGAGUCUACACCGCCGGCUCAAUCGCAGUUCGUUGCGAAGCCGGAGGGGGCGGCGCAAGGCCCACCUCGGCGCUCGGCUGGAGGAUCGACGAAGCUUCGCCGCACCGCCCUCAGCCGCCGCACGCAGCCGGGGACGAAGGCGCAGCCGGCAAAGGGGCGCGACGUCUUCGACCUCGACGUCUUCGAUGACUGA